AUGGAGAUUCCGGAAAUGACUAAGCAACGAAUGGAAGAGGUAAUGGGCAAUGGGGAGGACAGAAUCAAUUCUCACUAAUUUAUUCAGAUGGCGAAGAGCAUGGCGAACUCGCUCAUCGUUCCGGACGCCGUGAUUGGACUCGGCUCGGGAGAACCGAUCACGAGCAUCAUGAACGCCUUCAAGGCUAGAGCGCCGGAAGUGAAGAAGAAACGCAUGCAGAUCCACUGCACCAAGGAAUGGGUACGAUCCGUGACCGCGAAAGCGUGUGAAAAGUAAUUGGUCUUGAUUUCAGAUGAAGGAUGAUCUCCGUUCAGUCGGAAUUCUCGCUUUUUGUAGCGGCGACGAGAAGGAGAUUCCGAUGCUCGACUUCUACAUGGAGUCUCCGGACGUCGUUUGCUUCCCGCGAGGUGUGAAGGAGCCGAUCUUCAUCAAGUCGGAUGCGGUCGCCGAGUUCAACCAUGCCAUGCGGAAGCGCUCCCGCUUCAUCUACAUGAUCGCGACGGGAAACCACGUGGUUUCGGACGAGAUCCGCGGAAUUCCCAUGGAACUCACCAACAACCUCAACGGGGAGGUGUUUUUCAAGUCGUGGCCGUCAAACAAGGGAGGCAUCACUGGCCUUCGCCGCAACAUGGAGAAGGGCAAGGACCGCUUCUACAUUGAGUGGGUCCCAUCAGUUGAGCAGAAGAUCGAGGACUGGAAUGCGAUCGAGAAGGAGCUCGACGAGGCCGAAUGUAAUUUUCAGCCGGAGCAAACACUGUUUUAGUCUAAUUUUUUGCAGUCGUUCUGGCCCACAAUUUGUUCACCAACAGCAACAAUUGCAAGCUGAUGCACGCUGGAAACGCUCCGCCAGCUUCCGCCCACUGA